CUGUAUAAAGUACAGUUUACCACAGUACAGUAGUGUAUUGAGCUUCAUGCUGUUGAAAACCUGCAUGUUCAUGGAAAUCUAAAAGUCGAGCGUGCAUUUUAACAAUAACAGAGCACCAAGUAAAGGUGGAGCUGCUUCACACCGUUUGAUGUACUCCCAGGUGGUUAACUAGUGAGUGCAGCAGUAAAAAUAGUUUAGUAUGUAAUUAUGUUUCCAUCUUGGUCAUAGUGGAGUAACAGUAAAGUGAAAAGGAAGUAAUCAAUUAAGAACAAGCUCCACAAAAAUUGAACCUAAAUACAGCAAUUGUACUAAUAUUGGGAAAGCAUCUUAAUUCCUAAAUUAGAAAUGUGCUAAAAACAUGAAAAUAAUUCUGCACUUGAAGGUUUUGUUAACAAUUAAAAUGCUGGCUUUUUAAUAAUGCCAGAGUAUUUCUACGUUUUACUACAUUUACUCAAAUACUUGUUUCACCACUGUCCAAACUCACCUUGUAGUUACUUUACACUUCUUGAAGUAUUUCUCAAUAGAGAAGUACUUGAACUUAGUGUUUCAGCCACAGAAAAUAAUUUGAGUGGAUCUGUUUUGUAGUGGAGUACUUUUUGUCAGGCAAGUACUCGCACUUUUACUUGAAUAUCGCGUCGGCGCCCUUCAGCACACACAGAUACUGUAAAUGGGUUGCCAGAUUGGGUCAGGGCCACCUGUCUGACUGCAAUCCAACGACCAGCAGGCGGGAGCCACCAGCGCGGGUUUGCAGCGAGCUAGCGGGGGUAGCGGCCGCCUGGGUCGGAGGGAGGAACGGCGGCGCUCCCUUUGCCACACAAGUUAUAAAAUGCUAUGUCAGUGCAGGCUGUUAAUGUUACAGUUUAACGCAGGUUUUUUUUCCACCACCGCCGCCGCCGCCUCCUCCUCCUCCUCGGUCCACGGCUACUUCCUGGUGCCACAGAGAGAGGCAGUGCUGAGUUAAAGAGGCAGAAAUACUGAUAGAAAUUCAGAUAGAAAAAAAGCACACAGAGAAGAGAGGGGUUGGAUACGCGAUAGGAACAGUUGUCAGGAUUCCCAGAAAUUGAAAACCCUCUCUCUCUCUGCGUAUUUGUGAUAUUUCUCCGCGUAACCGAGUCGUUUUUCUUCCCCGGGCUGCUCACUAACACAGGGCUUGGAUGACGGUUGGCUGCGGCUAAAGCGGAAUUGUAACGGGGGAACGUAUUCCUCCCUCCGACGGACGAGCCUCGCAGAGAUUUCCCCCCUUUUUUAUUUUCCACUAGACUCAUUCCCGUGUUCUUUUUUUUUGAAGCCCAACAUCGUCCCAGGUGGUAUUUUCUGUACAUUUUUACGAUUCCACAAGGAAGGGUUAGGGCGACGGAAGAUGGGUUGUUUGGGCAACAGCAAGACUGAAGAUCAACGCAUCGACGAAAAGACACAACGAGAGACUAAUAAAAAGAUAGAAAAGCAGCUGCAGAAGGAGAGACAAGCGUAUAAAGCAACACACAGGCUCUUAUUACUCGGUGCGGGAGAGUCCGGAAAAAGCACCAUUGUGAAGCAGAUGAGGAUCCUACACGUCAACGGCUUCAACGCGGAAGAAAAGAAACAGAAAAUUCAAGAUAUUCGAAAAAAUGUGAAGGAUGCCAUAGUGACUAUAGUGUCUGCGAUGAGCACUUUAAUACCCCCUGUCCCGCUAGCCAACCCAGAGGACCAAUUCAGAAUCGAAUACAUCAAAAGCAUAGCACCUCUCUCUGACUUUGACUAUUCACAGGAGUUCUUUGAUCAUGCGAAGAAGCUGUGGGACGAUGAAGGAGUGAAGGCAUGCUUUGAGAGGUCCAAUGAGUACCAGCUUAUUGACUGUGCACAAUAUUUCCUGGACAGAAUUGACUCUGUCAGACAAAGUGACUACACACCAACAGACCAGGACCUGCUACGCUGCCGAGUGUUAACUUCAGGGAUUUUUGAGACGAGGUUCCAAGUAGAUAAAGUGAACUUUCAUAUGUUUGAUGUUGGGGGCCAGAGAGAUGAAAGGAGAAAAUGGAUCCAGUGCUUUAAUGACGUCACUGCUAUCAUCUUCGUGGUGGCCAGCAGCAGCUACAACAUGGUAAUAAGGGAAGACAAUAACACCAACAGGCUACGGGAAGCUCUGGACCUUUUCCGCAGUAUUUGGAACAACAGAUGGUUACGCACUAUCUCGGUCAUAUUAUUCCUGAACAAGCAGGACAUGCUGGCUGAGAAGGUAUUAGCUGGAAAAUCCAAAAUUGAAGACUACUUCCCUGAAUAUGCUCGCUACACCAUACCAAAUGAAGCAACUCCUGAACCCGGCGAAGACCCAAGAGUGACGAGAGCUAAAUUCUUCAUCCGAGAUGAGUUUCUUCGGAUCAGCACUGCAAGCGGCGACGGCAGACACUACUGCUACCCCCACUUCACUUGUGCCGUGGACACAGAGAACAUCCGGCGGGUGUUCAACGACUGCCGGGACAUCAUCCAGAGAAUGCACCUGCGGCAGUACGAACUCUUGUGAUGGGAGACUCCUCCGUCAGCCUUCUGUGUUUUUCUCCACCAUUCUGCAUCCUUGACAAACCCUUCCUCCUCCCCCUCUUCUUCCUCCCAUACUCCACUCCUCCCUCAACGACCCCUGAGCACCCCUCCUGUCGAGGACUAUGAAGUACUACUGAAGUGUGUCAAAUCCUCUUCCUCUUCUUAACUUCUUAGCUUUUUUCUACUUUUUUUUUCUCACAGAUUCGUCCCCAUUUUAAUGACUUUAAAGGAACACUGGGGAACAAUGUUGUUGCGUGCUUCUUUUUUUUUUCUUUCUUUUUCCUUUUGAAUGCCUUGAUAUUUGUCAUUCCACUAAGCCUUGGGCUACCUCUUUUUUUUUGCCCCUUGUGUGUCCUUUUUUUUUUAAAUUUUUUUUGGACCUGCCAUCGGACCUGAGCUGUUGGGCGUGGGAAAAUAAACCACACCUUGUGUGUGUGUGUGUGUGUGUGUGUGUGUGUGUGUGUGUGUGUGUGUGUGUGUGUGUGUGUGUGUGUGUGUGUGUGUGUGUGUGUGUGUGUGAGAGAGAGAGAGAGAGAUCGAGUGCAUGUAUGGGUCUAUGUUUGUGUGUCACUUGCUAGUUCACGCUGGCAUCACCACGACGACCUUCGCCCCCCGUUUAUUAUUGUUUUUUUGGCCCGUUGCCCCUUCCCACCUGCUUCGUCUGCUCGUGCCCGUGACUGGACGCCGAGGAAAAGGGGGAAGGGGAAGCUGAGUGGAUGAAGAGAUAAAUGCACUUUGCAUCAGGUUCCUUAACAAUUUUUGUUGUUGUCGUUGUUUUUUCUUCAGAGGAAGCAUACACACAAUGUAGCAUCACAAUAUUUAUUACCCUGUCACGAUGUUAGCUUGCCGAGCUGCAGGGAGGACCGAGCGGCCGAGAGACAUGUGGAGUGAACGGUGAAAGGGGAGGGGGCAGGAACCAUGAUGAAGACGACGACGACAUGAUGAAAGAUUAAUAUGAAGGAAAAGGGACUAGGCUUUGUGCACCUUAGCCCUGCUGCCUCCAUGGACUCGAACCUGCCUCCUUUUUCCACACAAACCAUCCUUUUAGCUUAGACGGGAGGGGAGGGAGGGUGGUGGGGAGAAAAAUGUAUCGUUUUUAUUUCUUUUUUUGUUCAGUUUUUUUGUUAACUUGUACACUGUGCAAGGUUGAAUUAUCCUGUACAGACUGUAAAAUGUAAUAUUAUUUUGUACAACUUAAUUGAAAGAAAAACAAAUCUACUUGUAGAUCUUUGUGCCUUGAUUAUGGCUGUACCUGUAAAUGAGCUCAGAUGUAAGUAUGUUUUUGACUGCGCUGUACAGCUUGAUGUCAAACUCUAUCGGCAGCGGAAGACUGCGGGUAGGGGACUUUCUCUGUAGAGUUUAGUUUUUUCUGGUUUAUAAAAAAAAAAGAAAUGCUGUUUAGUAAAAAAUCAAAAAUAGGGAAAAAUCCUAAAAACCUGUAUACAUUAUGCAAAUUAACCACUUACCUGCAGUGAAGACCAGAUGUUGCAGCGCCAUGCCUUUUGUUUCUUUUAUUAGUUUUAUUUUUUCCUUCUCUGAUUCUUUUUAAAUUUCACAGCUUUAAACAUUGGAAAUCCAUUGAAAGUGUCCAAAUUGCAACCUGGUGUUGUUUUAAUAGGAACCAACGUUUUUUCGAUAUGAAGCGUGUCUGAGAUCUGUACUGACGUGCGUGCCUGUGCGCAUGUGUACAUAAAAAACAUAGACUCACAGACGCAUUGUGUGUGUGCGCGAGUGGAAGCGAGCGAGCGCGAGUGAGUGCGUGCGCGUUGUGUAAAAUUUUAUAAAUGUAUGUACAUGUAAAUUUAUAGGUCUAUAUAAAUAUAUAUGUACAAUUAUACAUGUUUAAUUAUGUGUGUGCCUAGGUGUACAUACCUAUGUAUGUAUACGGUAAAUAUGUAUACAUACACACAUAGGAAAGCAUGUUUAGAAUGGAGAUGAAUAAAUGAGAGUGUGCAAUAUUAGUAAUUCUUUGGUCCUUUGGAGCCAUAACAAAUGGCACAGGCACUAUGAAUGUGUGAGCAGCACCCAACAAGACAAGCUCUUCUCCUUGUACAAACAGCAUCAGCCUUUUCUUCUGCUACCGUACACAUCUAUCCCCAACAGAGAGUGAACUGACUGGAGGUGCAACAACCUUGUUUGGCCUGGGAGGAUGAUUUAAAUGACAUUUUUAUUUUCUUUAAAUAAAGAGGCACAUUAGAGGACUUUGCUUUAUUUCCA